UGCAAAAGCAUCCAAAAUAUGGCUGGACUGUUACUGCUGAAGCAGCUUAUUGGCCGUUCAAUGGGUUCAAUCAGAGCGAUCCAAAUCCUAUUGAUCCUAAUAGAGAUCGAAUUGGGAUUAAGAAUUGGGUACGAACUGAUGAACCUGUGAGCUUUACACAACAACAACUCGAACAAUCAUAUGAAACUCAAAAACAGGGAGUUAUGCAGCAGUAUGAACUCAUAAGAAGUAACUUACAAAAUCCUGAGGCAACUCCGAAUAUUACCGCCACAAUAUGGAAUAGUGUUAUUAGUAAUGGUAAUACUAGUUCCGUAUUUCAAGCUCCUGAUGCUAUUCAUUAUGUAGCUAGUGAAGAAAGUGCCAAGUUUGAUUUCGUGGAAAUUAGUUUCAAGGUUGAUCCGGAUUUCUUCAACGUCGCUUCAGAAUUUUCUCAUGUAAUCCAAACACUAUAUGAAUUUGCAAAAAAAGGAAAGUUUCCAUUAAAUUAUAUUACAGAUCUUAGAAUCAUAAAAUCAACUGAAGCAUUAUUAUCUACUACUUUCAAUCGUGAUCCAGACGCAUUAUAUUGUCAAAUGGAUUUUGUGUCAGUUACUGGUACUCCUAACUUGGAAGAAUUCAUAAAAGUAAUAGCACAGAGAUUGUUUGAUAAGUACAAAGCAAAACUUCAUUGGGGAAAAAGAUGGGAAUUUAUUCCAAAUGUGAAGUCUUAUCUUUCUAAUGUUUUAUCAGAUCAAAUUAAACAAUUCGAGAAAGUACGUGCAAAGUACGACCCUGAUAAGAUGUUCUUUGAUAAUAAGUCUUUGCAGGAUAUAUUUAGUCAUGCUUUAAGUUCACGAGAUCGUGAAUCUAAGCUUCAAGAUUUUAUAGAACCCGAAGCCUUAACUACACAGAUAUUUUUGCCAGGAUUUAACCAAUAG